AAUAGGAGGCCUGCAGAUUCUGUGACGAAUGUGAUAUCGUCAUUCUCCUUGUCGCGCUAGCCGAAGAACUGGACGGCUAAAAGCCCAAGUGUCCAUAAAUUCAACCCAUCUUCUUCAUCCUCAUCUACACUCCAGAUCAACAACUCCAAAACCCCUCCAUCUUUCCAAAACCAGGAAACAAACAAUCAACACAAUCCUGACCCGACAUGGGUUUCGAAGGAGAUGAGGAAUCAGCCGCCAACCAAGUGUCAACCAAAUCAAGAUUCAGGUACAACUCACCAUUGGUCCAGAUCACCCUCAUAGGACUCGUCUGCUUCUGUUGUCCUGGUAUGUUCAAUGCUCUCUCUGGUAUGGGAGGUGGUGGCCAGGUGAAUCCCACUGCCGCCAACAAUGCUAACACCGCCCUUUACACCACCUUCGCCAUCUUUGGCGUUCUUGGUGGUGGUAUUUACAACAUUCUUGGUCCUCGCUUGACCUUAGCUGCUGGCUGCAGCACUUACGUGUUGUAUGCGGGCUCUUUUCUUUAUUACAAUCACAAACAGCAUCAAUCUUUUGCUAUUGUUGCUGGUGCCAUUCUUGGCAUCGGUGCUGGUUUCUUAUGGGCUGGAGAAGGGGCGAUCAUGACCUCUUAUCCUCCCCCCCAUCGUAAGGGGACUUAUAUUUCUCUGUUUUGGAGCAUUUUCAACAUGGGAGGUGUUAUUGGUGGGCUGAUUCCUUUCAUUCUUAACUACAAUCGGAGUGAGGCUGCUUCUGUUAAUGAUGGGACUUAUAUUGGAUUCAUGUGUUUUAUGACGGCGGGGACUCUGCUUUCCUUGGCCAUCUUGCCGCCGAGCAAAGUGGUUCGCGAUGAUGGCACACGGUGCACAAACAUCAAGUACUCUAAGGUUUCUACUGAGGCUGUGGAGAUUGGUAAGUUGUUCUUCAAUUGGAAGAUGCUUUUAAUUGCUCCUGCUGCUUGGGCCAGCAACUUUUUUUACAGUUACCAGUUCAAUAAUGUGAAUGGGGCACUCUUUAAUUUGAGGACAAGGGGAUUGAACAAUGUGUUCUAUUGGGGGGCCCAGAUGGUGGGUUCUGUUGGGAUUGGAUACAUAUUGGAUUUCAGCUUCCAGAGUAGGAGGAAGAGGGGAUUUGUUGGGAUUGGAAUUGUUGCUGCGCUCGGGACUGCUAUCUGGGCAGGUGGACUUGCGAAGCAGGUAGGAUAUAAACACAAUGAUCUACCACCCAAGUUGGAUUUCAAGGACUCCGGUUCCGAUUUCGCAGGGCCUUUCGUUUUGUAUUUCAGUUACGGGCUGCUAGAUGCCAUGUUCCAAAGCAUGGUCUACUGGGUGAUUGGGGCCUUGGCUGAUGACUCUGAGAUUCUUAGCAGAUAUGUCGGAUUUUACAAGGGAGUGCAGAGUGCAGGAGCCGCAGUUGCCUGGCAAGUGGAUGCACACAAAGUUCCAUUACUAAGCCAGUUGAUUGUGAAUUGGUCACUCACCACAGUGAGUUACCCAUUGCUUGCAAUCCUAGUCAUGCUUGCCGUCAAGGACGAUCAGAAGGGUGAAGAGCCAUCAAUUAACCCUGCAUCUAUGGAUAACAAUAGCAAACCAGUUUAAUCCAAAAUAUUAUGUCUUGUGCAGUGUGUCUUAGUUGCCUUUUUCUCCGAUUAUUAAAGUUAAUUUACUGAUAUUUUGUUGUACUUAAUAAGCGGAACAGAAUUGUCUGCUGGAAUUGUCUAAUCAAGAAUGGAAAAUAAUUUGCUUUCUUUGUCA